UUAAUUAACCAAACAAUAUAUAUAGUUCUACUUGAUUUGUUUGUAAUUAAUUAAUCAUGGCUCAAAGCGAGAAACUAGGUGUAAUGCUGUCCAUGUUGGGUGUCAUGGCCUCACUGUUUCUCAUGAUCAUCAUUCCAAGAUCUGACGCAGGCAGCAUUGCAAUAUACUGGGGACAAAACGGCAACGAAGGAACUCUCGCUGACACCUGUGCAACUGGAAACUAUGCUUUUGUCAACCUGGCUUUCCUCUGUGUCUUUGGCAAUGGCCAAAACCCACAGCUCAACCUGGCAGGUCACUGUGACCCUUCCUCCAACAACGGCUGUGCCGGACUCAGCCAAGACAUCAAAUCAUGUCAAUCCCAAGGUGUCAAAGUCAUCCUCUCCAUCGGCGGUGGCGCCGGAGCUUACGCUCUCGCAUCCAAAGAUGAUGCCAGGCAAGUGGCCCAGUACCUCUGGAACAACUACUUGGGAGGUCAAUCAUCUGAUCAGAGGCCAUUAGGAGAUGCGGUGCUUGAUGGUGUGGACUUUGAUAUAGAAGGUGGCAGCCCUGCUCACUAUGAUGAUCUGGCCAGGUAUCUCUCUGGUUACAGUGCUACUAAGGGUAGCAAGAAGGUGUACUUGACCGCAGCUCCACAGUGCCCGUACCCGGACGCGUGGGUGGGUGGAGCUCUUGACACUGGCCUGUUUGAUUAUGUUUGGGUGCAGUUCUAUAAUAACCCUCCGUGCCAGUACCAGUCUGGUUCUGUGACUAACCUUGAUGAUGCUUGGAAGCAGUGGACGUCUGGUAUCAAAGCUAAGAACAUAUUUCUGGGUUUGCCAGCUGCUCCUGAUGCUGCUGGGAGUGGGUUCAUUCCGGUUGGAGAUUUGACUUCUCAGGUGUUGCCAUCGCUCAAGAGGUCUGAUGUGUACGGUGGUGUUAUGCUGUGGUCUAAGUAUUAUGAUGACCACACUGGUUAUAGCUCUGCUAUCAAGCAUGACGUUUGAAGUUUCUUGCUGAUCUGCUCUGUGCUCUGCUCUACUCUGCUCUGCUCUGCUCUGCUCUGCUCUGCUCUGCUCUGUCUUCAUGUGGUCUUUGUGUUUUCUAUAUUAUCAUGAACUGGUUAAUUUGUUGUGUAAUUAAUCGAGCUUUUGCUUUAAUGAAAAAAAAAGUUGUGUGACUGUCAUUCUCAAGCGGUAUAAUUGGCUUGAUCUCG